AUGAGCACGAAAACCGCACCACAGGCUGAUGACAGCCGCGUGAACAAGCCACGGACACGGCAAAGAAGCUACAAGCCCGCGCCGGUCCUCGAGUUGCCGGAUAUAGAAGAGAAUGCACCAGAGAGGAAGCGGAUUCUCAACGUGUUGGCACAGCGAAGAUACAGGGAGAAGAAGCGAAUACGACGGCAGAAAGAGAGGAGCAAAGAAGAGAGCCAGGACAACAGCGAUGACGGCGCAGCUAUUCCAUCAGACAAAAACAAGGAUGGAGAAGCCGACGUCGAAAAUAUGCCGGCAUCUGAUCAGUUUACUAGUCCUUCUUCUGGCGGUCUGGUAGGGACGGAGACUUCACUUUCAGCAGGAUGGGUGGCCAGCAUGCUCAACAGCUGUAGCGACACAUCGAUGCCGUUCCCGCUGCCGUUUCAAGAUGCCUUGCAUACGUCAAGCUUGUCAUCCGCAGCAAUAACAGACGAGAGUUCAGCAGACGAAGGCUUCCUCUUCAGCAACGCAACAAGCCUCGACGACCACCACCACCUGACAGGCGUGCUCCCCGCCAGCCUCGGCCUGUCACCACCACCACCACCACCACCGCUGUGGGACAACAGCAGCACAUCCCCGUCAUCCUGCGACGGCAGCUUCGCCGAUAGCUACCUGCUCCCCGUCCACGAGCUGACCCUCCUGCGGGCCAUCACGCGCAUCGCGGAGCGCAUCGGCUGCCCGCAGCAAAUCUGGGAUCUCGGAGCCGUCUCCCCCUUCACGCAAGGCACCGCAACGCCAGCCGAGCAGCUGCCCCCCGCAUGGAAGCCCACGGCCUCGCAGCUGCUCGUGCCGCAUCACCCGCUGCUGGAUUUCCUGCCGUGGCCGCAGGUCCGCGACAGGAUGAUUGGCAUCUUUUCGAUGCCCGAGGGGAUGAGGCCGCCUCAUGCGGCGGGGCCGCUGGCGUUGGUCAACUUUGCGUACGACUUUGAGGAUAACUCGGAGGGCGUGAGGGUCUAUGGCGGGGAUCCGUACGAUGCGAGUUGCUGGGAGGUGGGACAGGUCUUGUUCGAGCGGUGGUGGUUCAUCUUUGAUCGGGAUGUCAUUGAGGUGAGCAAUCGCUGGCGACGACUGAGGGGAGCACCGCCGCUGGCGCUGAAGGGGACGUCAGGUUAG